AUGAAAUACAGUUACUCUGCUUUGACCGCUGCUACUUUAAUCACCUCAACUUUAGCUGGUGUUGUUCCUCAUGAACCAUGGACUACUUUAACUCCAAGUGGUAAAGCUCCAAAAGGUGCCACAACUGAUUACACAGCUACUUUUGGUGUUGCUGUUGUUCCAAUCACUGGUACUACUACUUCAAAUGGUUCAGUUUCAACUGAAACUGGUUCAGCUACCAAAAUGAAGAGAGAUGUUGUUUCUCAAAUCGGUGAUGGUCAAAUCCAAGCUUCAACUGCUACUCCAUCAACUUCAGCUGCUCCAAAAUCAACUGCUCAAGCUAUUUCCCAAAUCGGUGAUGGUCAAAUUCAAGCUACUACCAACACUGAAAAACCAAAAUCAUCUGAAAAACCAAAAUCAACUGCUCAAGCUAUCUCACAAAUUGGUGAUGGUCAAAUCCAAGCUACCACCAACACUGAAAAACCAAAAUCAUCUGAAGCUCCAAAAUCUACUGCUCAAGCUAUCUCUCAAAUUGGUGAUGGUCAAAUCCAAGCAACCACAAACACAGAAGCUCCAAAAUCAACUGCUCAAGCAAUUUCACAAAUUGGUGAUGGUCAAAUCCAAGCUUCAACAAACACUGAAAAACCAAAAUCUUCAGCAACUGCUGUUUCACAAAUCGGUGAUGGUCAAAUCCAAGCCACUGGUUCAUCAAACUCAUCAUCUCCAGCUACCAAAUCAUCAGAAUCAUUAGCCAAAGCCACUGAAUCUUCAAAAUCAUCAGAUGACAAUGUUAAAGCUGUUUCAUGUAAAAACCCAGGUUCAUUAGCUUUAAGUUUGAAUGGUUCAGUCUUGACAGAUUCUUCUGGUAGAAUUGGUUCAAUUGUUUCAAACAGACAAUUCCAAUUUGAUGGUCCACCACCACAAGCCGGUGCUAUUUAUGCUGCUGGUUGGUCUAUCACUGAAGAAGGUGUUUUAGCUUUAGGUGAUUCUGACAAAUUUUACCAAUGUUUAUCAGGUAACUUUUACAAUUUAUAUGAUGAAAACGUUGCUGAUCAAUGUCAUGAAAUCAAAUUGGAAGUUAUUGAAUUAAUUGAUUGUUAG